AUGGCUGCUGCCUGCCAUCAUGUCGACUGCUCUUAUCACAUACCACCCAUUAUAAAUAUAUCCUUGAAAGACCGUUAUGAGUCUCUGAAGUUGCUGUGCAGCGAACAAGUUAUGGCAAAUGAACUCCUUAAGGAAGAAUUAGAUCGUCUCCGUAAAAGUUUUCAAGAAAUAUCCAGACACAGAGCUUUCUUGUUGGAAAAGUUGAUUGCACUGCAGUCGAAAUCGACGCAGAAUAUCGAACAGGAUGGCAAAAAAACUGGUAAAUCACCUGCGGUUCAGAAUAGUCAAAAUCGUAACAACCAAAUCCAGCGAAGUAGGGCUGCACCUACUAACCGUCGACCACCGAUUCAACGCCCCAAAGCCUAUCCUCCCGAUGGCAUGUCUGUUGACGAAUCGGAUCCUGAAUCAGAAUCCAUGCCCGGGGACUUUAAUAAUGGCUGGGAAGAUGACUUUCGUCACAUGGGUGUUCCUAGCUAUCGGCGUCCUCAAUCCAAAAAUGUGAAGCGGCAACUGAAAUUGCCACCAGCGCACGCACCGUCAUUCAAACGAUCCCGGAUGAUCGAAGAAGUGCCCGGUCCUUCCUCACGCGGCAAUUUCAUCGAUUAUAGCCCCUCAGGACCUUCUCACUCCUCACUGGGUGGUGCAAGAGCCUCGAUGUCCUAUGAAUUUGCAGACAUUUGUACAGAUUUGUCUGAGGAACCGCCGAUAAUAUACUCCAAAGGUGCUGGGUUCCCAUCCAACGAAGCUCCCAGAAGAACCACUCCGAGCAUUCUCAAGACUUCCUCCAUCGUAGGUGGGAAUGUCAACGAUCGGCCAUUCACCCAGAAGCCACCGCCGUUGCAGAAGAGGAAUUCAGAACCCAUCGUAGCAUUGUGUUUGCACUCCAUCUGCACGCGUGACGAACUGCGUAGUUUAAAAGGCAAGGUGGUUUACAAUUGA